UUCCAAUAGAAGCUGACGUGCAUAUAUUUUUCCAUCAAACAUUUUGUCUGGAUUAGUUUCUAACAAAACGAAAUGAAAAACAUAUUUUUGGUGUUCGCAGUUUAUUUUUUUAUGGAGAAUUAUCUCGUGGAAUGUGCAGUAAUUGAUGGUUCCAACAAUGAACUCCAAUAUGAUCCUUUAGCCCAAGUGCUAUAUAAAUUAGAUGAUGGCAAAUUGACGAAUGUUAAUGUUAAUCCCUCACUUUUUGAAGACUGUAUUAAGGACGAUAUAUUUGUUGACAUUGUAUUCGCUUGUCCGAAUACAGUAGUCGAUGAAAAACAAACACCAGUAAAAAAUAACGAACAACCACCACUAACACCAGAACAAACUCUGGUUAUCAAAAUGGAUUACACUACAAUUGUGAAACAACAUGAAAAGCAGGGAGACCGAGAUACAACAGCUGUGGACGAUGCAAGGAACUUCAAAUGUCAAUAUCCAAUUAGGCCUUAUUUAUUUGAGUCAAAGAAAAAAUCUACUCUUUACAAGGCUUACAUUGUUGGUUUCGAGAUUGAUAUGGGAAAAUAUACAAAUUUAGCAAAAUACCCCUUUGGAAACUCAGAUAACGAGAAUUACCAAUUCUCAUGGGUACUUACUAUUGUGUUCAAUGAUCACAAACUGAGAGUGGUUUGCGUCCAUCAAGAAGUUCAAUAUAAUCCAGAUAUGUUUUCAAGAGAAAUUAAUGAAUCCUUCAUUGAUCAUGAUUUUGGUAAAGAUGUUCUAUUUCCCAAUAUUGAUAUUGCAAACUUGUAUGAAAAGGAAAACCAAGAAAAAGUAUUUGGUAAAUUAUUUGAAAAUGAAAUCCAGCGAAAAAAAUAUUUCGAUAUGGAACAAAACAAAAUACUGAUGAGAGCUCAUUUGGCACCUUUGAAUGGAUUCAUCACUCCUGUAAUAAGACAGUCAGCUAAAACAUAUGGAAAUGUCGCUCCAAUGUGGAAUGUCAUCAGAAAUAAUGCUUGGCGCAAAGUGGAACAUUUUAUCGAUCUUUUAACCAGCCGAAUUUUUCUUGACCUGACCGUCGUAAGUGGGACUUACGAAACCUUGAAACUCGAUGGAAAAGAAAUAUAUCUAGCAGAUGAUGAUAAAGUGCCUGUACCCUUGGCUUUCUGGAAGCUUGUAAUACAUGGUGCUGGAUCGAACGAGUCUCGUGGUAUAUUUAUUGUUACGGUCAAUAAUCCAUAUAACGAUAUAGGCAACAUUAUUUGUGAGAAAGAUGAAUCCGAGAAAUAUGGUUGGAAACCUAUUCAAGAAAUUGAUCAUACCAAAGGUCGUACCAUCAUUUGUGAAUUUCCAGUAAGCAUUGUGGAAAAAAUACCAAUUUUAUUUGGUUCCAUGCCAGAUCAUAUUCUUGAUCUGAAUAAAGUAUCAGAAUAUGAAACUUACUCUGGGGAGAUUAAUGACUUGGGAAAUCUUGUGAAAGAACUGAAUCACGAUGAAAAUGAAGUCCAGGAGGAGAGAAAUAAACUUCAGGCGAUUCCGAUGAGGCGUAAGCCAGAAAACAGCGCUGAGAUAAAGUCGCUAAUUCCGAAAUUAGAAAGUGAAAUUUCAGCGAAAAAAGACAUUUGAGCUGAUUGUUGUAAUAUUUUUUCAAGUUUUUAAAAUUAGGUUAAGUAUUUUGGUAUUGAUAUCACUCGCUGUGUACCUCUAUCUACCUACCUAUUGUAAGCCAUGUAUAUAUAGAUAUACGCGAUAUUUGUUAUAUGUUUUUAAAAUAUUGUUCAUUUGAAUUAAUAAAA